GAGAAUUUUUCUUAAACCUUUUUUUCCAUUUAAAUUUAAUUUCAAAUCACGUACAAAAUGUCGUCCAGCGAAAUUUAUCGUUACUACUACAAAACCUCAGAGGAUUUACAAGCCUUUAAAGUAAAUUCGGGCGAAUCAUACUUUAAUCCAAUGGCUGCCUAUAAUCCGGCCAUUAAUGUGCCCGUACAAAAUCAUCUUCCACUUACCCAUCAAGGUGGUUUAAUGGUUAAUGCUGCUACAACAAACUACAUGAACACCAAUGGAUUUUUAACCUUCGAACAGGCUUCCUCAGAUGGCUGGUUAACUUCCUCGCCUGCCUCUCAUCGUUCGGAUAGUCCUGAAUUUAUUGAUCUGAAUACCAUGUAUGCGGGUCAUAUGCAGCAGCAACAACAUCAGCAAUUGUCAGCUUUAAAUCAAUACAGCAAUUUGGCCAUAAAUCAGCAAGUAAACGAACAGCAGCCCCAACAAUUGUCACCUGUGGUGCAGGAGCAGGUCUCGUGUGUGCCAAUGGGUUCUUCAAAUGUGGGCACUUGCAAAACUAUACCAGCCACUAAACCCAAACGUUCUUAUAAUCGUAAACCAAAAACUACUUCGACUGCUGCUUCUUCAAUAGCUCCAUCUCCAACAACAGCUACGGUACCUGUUCCAGCUACCCCCACAACUUAUCCAGAAGAUUUUCACAAUUUUGUUGAUUUCGACAAUACCGGCCUGUUCGAUGACAGUGUCGAUGCUCAGGACAAUAUGAUGUUUUUCAAUCAUGACGGCAACAGUUCUUCACAUGAUGAUUUUGAUGCUAGUGGCUCGUUUGAUCUAAAUGAUGGCGAAUGUGAUGAUUCUCUCGAUGACUCAGAUCCUUCUGCCUCCUCCCAAGCUGGUGGCAAGAAACGCCGUGGCAAACAAAUCUCACCCGUGGUAAAACGUAAACGCCGUUUAGCCGCCAAUGCUCGUGAACGUCGUAGAAUGCAAAAUCUCAAUCAAGCUUUCGAUCGUCUACGCCAAUAUCUUCCCUGUCUGGGCAAUGAUCGUCAAUUGUCAAAACAUGAAACUCUACAAAUGGCUCAAACUUAUAUUUCAGCUUUGGGUGAUUUACUGCGUUAAAAAGUCUUCGCUCCAACUCUCUCGCCUCCACAUAUCACACCUAAAAAAAUUGGCCUGUUAUGCCGAGUUGAGCUCGUGCCAAAGUUUGUACCUUAAACCAAUUCCUGCCU